UUCCUUCGGAGCUGACAGGGUCGUUCUGUAAACCCGCAGCGAUGUCGGACUGGCUUGGGGGCCUCGGCGCCGGCUUGGGCCAGUCUCUGGGUGGAGUGUGGGGUGGCCUGGCUUCCCUCACCUGCCAGAUUUCAAAUCUGACAAAGAACAUGCUGAGGGAGGCCACGGAGGAAGUGGAAGAAUUACCUUAUUAUAUGAGAACGGAAACUGAAGCCAUUCAAGCAGUCUUAAUAUCAGAGAAUGAAAGACUGAAAAAACUUUGUACUGACUUUCAACAGAAGCGUGAAGCCUCAGAGCUUCAAAUAAAGCAGCAAUCUACAAAUUACCAAAAUCAACUACAACAGAAAGAAGCAAAGAUUUUUACAGUUACUUCGUAUUCAUUUUACUGUAAUGUAUUUAGGAAGGUUUUUAAGAGUUAUAGUAUAAAUCAAGCUAUCUUCAUCCAUAAAAAUAUUGAAAGGGUGUUGAAUUUAACUUCUAAAGCACAAGGAACACAUAGCUCUGAUCAAACAGAAAUCUUCAAACUGCAAAAUAUUAUUAAGGAACUUAAACAGAAACGAACUCAGGAAAUUGAUGACCAUCAACAUGAAAUGUCAGUACUGCAGAAUGUACAUCAACAGAAAUUGACACAAAUGCAUCAUCAGUAUCAAGAGGAAUUAAGCUCCUACGAGGAAUGAAUUGAAGAAUUCAAAAAGCAGUUACAAGAAGGUUAUUAUGGCUCAGGAGUUACAGGACCUGAUCACUCUAAAAUCUAUGAGAUGCAAAAAACUAUUCAAGUUCUAGAAACUGAAAAAAAUGGAAUCUACACAAAAAUUGAAGAAGUUGAGGAUAUAAUAAAAGACAUAAAUGAAAAAUUAUCCUCUGCAGAAAAUGACAGAGAUGUUUUAAGGAGAGAACAAGAACAACUAAAUGUGGAAAAGCAACAAAUAAUUGAAGAAUGUGAAAGUUUGAAACUGGAUUGCAGUACAUUGCUAUCUUAUGCUAUGAAGCAAAGUGAUUGUGUGACAGAAAAGGAAAGAAUUCUUCCACAGAGUACACCAGUGGAAGAAGUGGUCACACUACGACAAGCACUGCCUGAUGCUGCUGAAAAUGAAAUGAGACUGAAUAGUUUAAACCAGGAUAACAAUCUCACUGAAGACAACGUGAACCUUAAACGGCUUGUCCAGGUUUUAGAAGAAAAUAACUCAUUACUGAGCCAAGAAAAGGAAGAACUCCAGAUAUCACUUUUAAAACUGAACAAUGAUUAUGAAGUAAUGAAAAGUACAGCUGCAAGAGAUAUGAGUUUGGAUUCAUUAUUACAUGAUUUAAGACUUAGUUUGGAGGCAAAGGAACAAGAACUCAAUCAGAGUAUUAAUGAAAAGGAAAUACUGCUAUCCAAGUUAGGAGAAUUGGACAAACAGAACCAAGAAGCUACAAAGCAUAUUAUUUUGAUAAAAGAUCAGCUAUCAAAACAACAAAAUGAAGGAGAUAGCAUUAUCAUUAAACUGAAACAAGGUCUAGAUGAUGAAAAAAAGAUAGUCCAUCAACUUGAGGAUGAUAAAAUGAACCUUACUAAAGAGUUAGACAGACAGAAAGAACAGUUAAUUCAAAGUGAACUGGUCCUGAAUGAUUUGCACUUAAUCAAGGAGGAGCUUGAGGAUAAAGCAGAUUUAGUAGAUCAGCUAAGUAAAUCACAAAAAAAUAAUUCAAACAUCCAGAAGGAGAACCUUGAACUUAAGGAACGUAUUAGACAAAAUGAGGAAGAGCUUUCUAGACUCAGGAAUGAGUUAACUCAGUCUCUUAAUCAAGACUCGAAUAGUACUUUUAAGGAUAAGUUACUUAAAGAAAGGGAAGGUGAAGUUAGAAACUUAAAGCAAAAUCUUUCAGAAAUAGAACAGCUCAAUGAAAAUUUAAAGAAAGUUGCUUUUAAUCUGAAAAUGGAAAAUGAAAAGCUGGUUUUAACAUGUGAAGAUGUAAGGCAUCAGUUGGAAGAAUCUGUAGCUGGGAACAGUCAGAUUUCUCUAGAAAACAACAUUAUUGUGGAGUCUCUAGAAGUGGAAAAAGGGCAGCUAGAAGCAGAAUUGUGUGAGGCUAAAGAGAGGCUGUUGGAAGAAGCAAGCAAGUAUGAGCAAAACAUUGAAGAACUAUCAAAUGCACAUAACUCGAGCACCUCUGCCUUACAGCUGGAAAAUGAGCGUUUAGUUAAACUCAAUCAAGAGAAAGACUUUGAAAUAGUAGAACUCAAAAAGAAUAUUGAGCAAAUGGAUACCGAUCAUAAAAAAACUAAGGAAAUUUUGUCAUCUUGUGAAGAAGAGCAGAAGCAACUGACAGAAGUUAUAAAGGAAAAAGAACUUUUUAUUGAAAAGCUUAAAGAAAAGUGUUCAGAGCUGCAGGAGGAAUUCGAUAAAUAUUCUCAGGCCUUAAUGACAAAUGAAAUUUUAAGGCAGACCCUAGAGGAAAAGGACAGAAGUCUUAGAGCCAUGAAAGAAGAAAGCAAUCAUCUGCAAGAAGAACUGGAACAACUCAGGGAACAGCAGAGUCGAUCUGCACCUGUAGCUGAGCCCAAACCACUUGAUAUUAUUAUAGAACUAGAGUCGGAGGUAUCUCAACUGAACCUAAUCAAGGAUCACCUUGAAGAGGGAAUUAAACAUCAAGAGAAGAUAAUUGAAGAUCAAAACCAGAGUAAAAUGCAACUACUUCAAUGUUUACAGGAGCAGAAGAAGGAGAUGGAUCAGUUUAGAUACCAGCAUGAGCAAAUGAAUGUCACACACACCCAGCUCUUUUUAGAGAAAGAUGAGGAAAUUAAGAAUUUGCAAAAAGCAGUUGAACAAAGCAAAACCCAGUUGCAUGAAGAAAGACAGGACAUUCAAACAGAGAAUCCUGAUAUUUUACAAGAAACAAGAGUUCAGAGCCUUAAUAUGGAAAAUGGAGGUGAAAAGCAUGAUUUAUCUAAAGCUGAAACGGAAAGAUUAGUGAAAGGAAUAAAAGAACAAGAACUAGAGAUUAAACUUCUAAAUGAAAAGAAUAUAUCCCUAACUAAACAGAUCGAUCAGUUGUCCCAAGAUGAGGUUGGUAAACUAACUCAGAUUAUCCAACAGAAAGAUUUGGAGAUAGAAGCUCUUCACGCUAGAAUUUCUUCAGCUUCCUACACCCAGGAUAUUAUGUACAUUCAACAGCAAUUGGAGGUCUAUGCUAUGGAAAGAGAACAAGUAUUAGCUAUUUUGGAUGAGAAGACUUGGGAAAAUAGCUAUCUCAUAGCAGAUUAUCAUAAAAUGAUGGAUAUAGUUGCAGCCAAAGAAGCAGUGCUCAUUAAGCUGCAAGAGGCAAACAAAAAACUGUCCACUCAACCUGAAAUUAGCAGCCAAGAUAUGUUUAGAGAAACUGUUCAGAAUUUAUCACGUAUCAUUCGAGAAAAAGACAUUGAAAUAGAUGCAUUAAAUCAGAAAUGUAAGACUUUCUUAGAAGUUUUACAAACAUCCAGCACUGGUAAUGAGGCCGGAGUUGUUAAUAGUAAUCAGUUCAAGGAGCGUUUACAGGAAUGGGAUGAAGGAAAAGAACAUGAAAAAACAGAUUCAGAAAUUAAGCAGCUAAAGGAGGAACAAGAUUUUUUUUUUCGUUAA